GCUGCUCCUCAUCGCCAAUCAGUUCACACUUCAGCGUGCUGCAUGCUGGAUGCGUUUUCAGAAGGUUCUCAGAGAGUUGCAGAAACACACGCUCUUGUUUGUUUGAGUUGCUGCAAGAUAAUGUGAGAUCAGUUGUAGACAGCUGAUAUACAUAUAUCAUGGAGAACUCGACACUUAAACACAGAAUUAAAAAUCUCCUGCGGUCGCCGUCUGUGAAGCUGAAGAAGAAUCGGCGUGUGGACAAAGACAACCUGACUACCAAGUUAACUUUGGAGAGAGUACUCGGUAUCACGACUUCAGGAAGUAGUGGAUUAACAUGUGAUCCUUGCUCUGGGGUUGUUGCCUAUCCAGCCGGGUGUGUAAUAGUGCUGCUGAACCCCACAAAGAACAGACACAAACACAUAAUCAACACAUCCAGGAAAACUAUAACUGCUUUAGCCUUUUCAACAGAUGGCAAAUAUCUUGUUACGGGAGAGUAUGGUCACCUGCCUGCUGUGCGGGUUUGGGAUGUGGCCGAUGGCUCUCAGGUGGCAGAGCUACAUGAGCACAAGUAUGGGGUGACCUGUGUGGCCUUCUCUCCGAACAACAAAUACAUAGUUAGCAUUGGCUACCAGCAUGUUAACGUGUGGGCCUGGAAGAAAAACAUGUUGGUAGCUGCUAACAAGGUGUCCAGCAAGGUGACGGCGGUGUCUUUUUCCGAGGACAGCUCCUACUUUGUGACAUCUGGGAACAGACAUGUCAGAUACUGGUAUCUGGAACCCUGCAGAUCCAACAAGCAGCUCACAGCCCCUGUUCCACUGCUUGGCCGUUCGGGCCUCUUGGGGGAGUUACAGAACAACAAUUUCUGCGACGUAGCCUGUGGCCGGGGUGAGAAGUCUAAGAGUACCUACUGCAUCACCUCUUCAGGGCUGCUCUGUGAGUUCAACGAGAAGAGGAUGCUGGAUAAGUGGGUAGACCUACGGACCAUUACUGCGAGUGCUCUAUGUGUCACAGAGGAACUGAUCUUCUGUGCAUGUGCUGAGGGAACUGUACGUGUGUUCAGCCCAACUGACCUGCACUUCAUCUGCACACUGCCUCAACCUCAUCACCUGGGCAUCGACAUUUCUGCUGUCACACAGGACAGUCACUUUUUUUUCAACAAACCAGAUGCCCGUUACCCUGACUCAGUAGCGGUGACCUAUGACCCUGUUAACUUCAGGCUGUCGUGUGUGUAUAAUGACCACAGCCUGUAUGUGUGGGAUGUUCAAGAUCUGCAGAGAGUGGGAAAAGUGUACUCUGGUCUUUACCACUCUGCCUGUGUGUGGGAUGUGCAGAUAUUCCCUGGAGCUAAAGAGGAACCUCUGACAGGACUUUCUUCUUCAGGCCUGUUUUUCAGCUGCUCCUCGGACAGCACAGUUCGUAUAUGGAGCACAGAGCCACACAUCAACCCAGCCAAUAGCAAUCUUCUCAGUAAUGAUCUACGGAAGGUGAUUUAUACAACCAGUAACAGUGCAUGCCUGCUGGACACAGAAGAAACAGGCACCAGCUGCUCAGAGAAGCCAGAAGAGCAGCCAGUAGAGAGCCGAACAGGCAUUAGAACCAUCUGUGUGAGUCCAAAUGGCAAACAUCUGGCCUCGGGAGACCGGAAUGGCACACUAAGAAUUCAUGAGCUUAACACUAUGGAGGAAACCCUAAAGGCAGAAGUGCAUGACUCUGAGAUCCUGUGCCUGGAGUACUCCAAACCUGAGACAGGAAUGAAACUGUUGGCGACAGCAGGUCGAGAUCGCCUGAUUCAUAUACUUGAUGUUGAGAGAGACUAUAGUCUACUGCAGACCCUGGAUGAGCACUCGUCUUCCAUCACAGCUGUCCGCUUUGCUGCCAGUGAGGGGAAAGUGAGGAUGAUCAGCUGUGGAGCUGAUAAAAGUGUAUACUUUCGCACUGCCCACUGGACUUUCAGAGAAGUACAUUUUAAACGCACACACCACGUGGUGAGAAAGAGCACUCUUCAUGACAUGGCUGUAGAUCCCACCUGCAAGUAUGCAGCUGUAGGCUGUCAGGACCGAAACGUCAGAGUGUUUAACAUAAGCAGUGGGAAACAGAAAAAGUGCUUUAAGGGCUCUCAGGCUGAGGAUGGCAGCCUUCUUAGGGUUCAGUUGGAUCCCUCCGGCUUGUACAUGGCAACCAGCUGCUCAGAUAAGAAUCUCAGCCUGUUUGACUUCCAAACCGGAGAAUGUCUGGCUACCAUGUAUGGCCACUCAGAAAUCAUAACGAGCAUCAAAUUCACAAGUGACUGCAGGCAUUUGAUCUCAGCUUCAGGAGAUGGGUGUAUCUUUAUCUGGCGCCUUGCUCCUGAGUUGACUUUUAAAAUGAGAGAACGGCUGGAUCGGUUCACGAACCAUCAGCGCAGCCAGGUUUUUAAAGAUUCCAUGAUCAGACGGGCCUCUACAAGUAGCUUAGAGAUGCACAGCACCCUGUCUCUACUAACCUGUUCCUCAGAGAGUGAAUUAGAUGAUGAUGAAAGAUCCGAGGAUAUCCAGACCCCAGAUGACCACAUGUACCAAACAUCAUUAGAAGAGGAUCAGGGUGCUUCCGAUGAUGCGAAUGACUUGGACUCCAAUGAGUUGCAGGAGUCAUCUACAGGGUCAUUUGCAUCUGAGACAUCUUUGCCCGAAAUUCCACGGAGGAGAAAACGCUGGAACUGUAGGAUGGGCUCUUUCGAGCUGAUGGUGAAGUCCAUGCUGGAACUUCGGCAGUUUGACUCCUGUCCCAAGCCCGGGUCUUCUCGAAGGGGGUCCAUGGUUGAGCUCAAAAACCAGGCCUGUGGUAGCACUGCCAGCCUGCCCAAAGACACUAAGCUGAGUGAGAAGCAGCAGACUCCUCCUGACUCUUCUUGGUCGACACCUGCCUCUUCUCCUGAACUUGAGGGUAUAGUGCAGAGCUCAGAACUUUGCCCAUGCACGGGCAGUUAUCCUGUAACAUACCAGUUACAGGAGGGGAAAAGGCAGUGCCAGCAGAGUCACAGCCCCGAUAGAGGCAGCUCCAUGGGUUAUGCCAGUGGAGGAUCCAGUCCAGAACUGGGCCAUGAAGGCUCAGGUGAUCUGGAGCUUCUUAGCACUGAUGAGGACAAUGAGGAGUCAGCAAGAGGAAGGCCAUUUCACAAACCAGAGAGCCCUGAACAGGAGUGUUUCUUUAUGAAGCAUUGUGAGACAAUGUCUGACUCCAAAACCACUGGAGCAUGUAAUGAAACCAAACCUCCAAGAAGAAUGUCUGACUGCUUCCUUGACCCCAGGAGGCGUUCCCAAUUCCUCUCCAAGACUGACAAGAAGUCUGAAAAAUGUGCUGUAUUCAAACCCCUAGUGUCCACAGUACAUCCCUUGCAGAAAGACAAUGCUCAUGGGACUGACUUGGAGGAGAGAGCAGAUAAAUGCAGUUCUGAGCAGAUACAUUCUGCCUCCAAGAGGAGGAAAAUUUGCAAGCUGCAGAAUGUGACCAGCCCAACAAACACUUCCAGAGUGUUCAACUCUGUAGACAUGCCACUACUAAAACCCAUGUCGGCACUCAGCUUUACAGCUAAUAGUCAAAAAUGUGUAACUACGUCCCUUUUGAAGCAAGCGUCUAGACCUUCCACACCUGAGCUUCUCGCAGACAGGAAUGAUUUGAUUUUCCAGCACCCGUCUCCAACAGGCUCAACAUCUCCCCAGCCACGGGAAAGCCCAAACACUAUCAGACGUUUUAAAGUUCGCUCAUACAUGAGUCCCACCACCAGCUCCAGAGCUAAAGUCAGUCGCUCAAUGUCUCUCAAAGAAGGUCUCCACCUGAACCUUUCAAGUUGUCAAACAUUUCCUUGCUCAGGGUCAUCACCUAGCAGUCCAUCACGUGUCAGCACACCACUAUUACCAUCUCUGUCUGCUCCUCUCUCUGGUUCAUGCAACCAAGCAGAAUCAAGAUUGAGCCUUGAUGGAUGUCCUCCAAACACUACUGCUAAAAUCACCAAGGCUCGUGCCUCAGCAAGGAUGAGUAACCCACUGUCUGAGUAUCCCAGCAGGUCCACUCUUACUCCCAGUACAAACUCUGCUGCAGUCACAAACACGUUUGCUAAGAUUGGAGCUCAGCAUGUUGAUAAAUCCUAUACAAAGGGACACGUGGAACUUACAAAGUCUGCGUCUCCUAUCUUUUCGUCUGUGUCUGUAGAAGACACUUUGGGAGCAAAAACUUCAUCCCACACCCCACAACGCCCCCUAGUGGAUACUCAGGCCUACAAUGUGACAUGCAUGAGUCGGUCUGAUCAAGCAGAGCCCCUGAUGAACCUGGAGACUUGCAGACAAGCUGCUUCAGAGCUGUACAAUAGUGUGAAGAAAGUCACUCAGCUCUACAGCAUGGUGAGCUCCUCUGUUAUAAAUAUGGAUUUGGAGCAUCAGAAGAUGGCACAUGUGCUGAUGAAGGCAUUGUUCAUGACGCACUCUGAGCUGGAGGCCGUUCCAGGACUCGUUCCUGUGUCAGGGAAGACUGUAUCUGGUGAAGGUGAAGAGAAGACACUGGCUCUGCUGGAGCAGUACUCUCAGCUUCUAUUGCAGUCUGUAGAGAAGAGGCUUGAACACAAAAUCUAGGUUCCAGAUCUACAUGAGACUAAUAUCCUGACAUCAUUAAUAUAGUAUGUGGUAGUGGAGAUGGGAAGUAUGCACUGAAUAUUGAACCACAAAGAUGACAUAAGCAGUGAAGGGAGUAAAUUCAAGUUUUGCAGAUUUGUCUGUGAACUGUCAACAUUUUAUACAUAAAAUGAAGGUUUUUUUAUUUUUAGUGUUCAUUCUUCACUUACCGAACACUGUUUUAAAAUGAACCAAGUUUUAGUGUGUUUUGACAUGAGAGGUUUAUACAAAUAUAUAAUGUAUUGUACAUGUCUUUGUUUUCUAUGUAUAUCUAUUUGUUUUUUAAUACAUGCUGGCCAUAUAUUUUUAUUUUAAUAAAGUUUUAAACAUCGUAUACACUCCACAUACUCAAUUCAAAUUAUAAGGGAGAAUGUUAUGAGCACGAGAGUUUUUAAGUGUUUUUAAGAAACUAGGGUGAGUUUGUGUGUUUAUUGAUGUGUUUUUGGUUGUAACUUCUGUACUGCAGAGUUAAUUUCACAUGCUGUUGCUUAUGGUCUUAAAAUAAAAUGAGUGGUUAAAUACUG